GAGGAGCGGUACGUGGAUUCAACGUGGAUUCCACGUGGAUUCGUGGAUAACUCGUGGACGUUGAUGCAUCCACGGGGUGUCAACCAUUUUUCCACACAAACAAUAAUUUUCUGUUUAUAGCGUUAGAAAGGCAAACAAUGGCUAAAUACUAAAUUUCCUACAUUUAGUUUGCAUUUUUCGUACUUUCUACAAAAAAUCUCGCAUUUGUGGAAAUCACGUGGAUUCCACGUUUUUUCCACCAAGUGCGACAACACAUGUGAGACACAACCAUAUCUGAAAACGGUUAAGGUGCCCCCACAAUAUGAACGCCUCCGGGGUGAUGCGAGAGCACGUUGGACUUCAAAACGUUCUCUUGCCCAGGCACUUGGGCGCUCUGGGCUGGCUGCCCACUUCACACAGCAGCUUGGCGGGUUGGCCUACCCAUCGCGCGGCAGGCGCCAUCAGCGUCUCCUCGUGAAACGCACCGGCCCUCCCGGGACAUGGGCGAAAUGAGGGGGGGGGGGGGGGGGUCAACACGUUCAAACUGCGCCCGCCUCAUCAAACUAUCAAUCUCGCCCGUGAAGUUUCUUUAAGAAAAUAAACAACAAAUAAAAGCGACAACCUCAACCGUGUCGUUUGGAUUUGGCGCGCUUCUGGAGAGGCCUUUCCCUAUUGGCUGGUGCAUGAUUGCGUCACCAGGCACCUCACCUGACCCGGCGCUCAGCCAGCCGCACUAAUCACCUGAUCACUCCACUCCAGUCAGCUGUUCGUGCAAGAACCUCGUGGUCCAUCAGCUGAUCUUGACAGCGACCAAGGUCAUCUCAACUGCUAUAGCGAGCACGUUUUCUCAUCCACAAUGGAUCGCAAGACAGUUAAAAGGAGAUGUGUGAGGGUAGCUUUGAGAGAUGCUGGGAGGAGGGUUCAGGAUGCUGAGUUGGUUUUGGAAUUGCAGCGGAACCAGAAUGAGGAGAGUGAGGAAAGUGACGAUGGUAUUCGGAAUGAUAAUAAUGCUGGUGAAGCAAGGGGCAACAGUGCUGAUGAAAAUGAUGAGAAUCAGGAACGGGAUUUUGAUGUACAGGAACAGGAAAAUGUAGCUAGUGAUCAGGAUUUAAAUGAUGAAGCAGACAUUAGUGAAGGGUCGUUAAAUGAAGAAGAAAUUAUUGAUGGGCCAAAUAUCGAAGAACAGCAGCCUCAACAAGACCCAGAGCAAUAUGUGUACGAACAAAUAGUAGAUUGGGUUCUAGCUGGGGGUGUCACUAUGACCAAGGUUGAAGAUCUUUUGAAACGAUUAAAACCAGUUCAUCCAAAUCUCCCUCUCACAUACAAGACACUUCUUCAAACGCCAAAAAGAUUAGAUGUUGUUGACUGCGGCAAUGGUUCUUUGUGGUACUACGGUAUCACUCCCCAACUUCACAGGGUUUUGUCAAAUGACUACUUUGCCAAUCACAAUGAAGUGGCCAUUGACAUAAAUAUUGAUUCCUUGCCUAUUUUUAAUAAGAGCAAGACUAACUUUAUUCCUAUUUUAGGUAGAUUAGUGAACAUUCCAGAGCCUUUUAUUAUUGGAAUCUUUUGUGGUUGUGGUUCUGAUCCAUCAGACAUGUCUAGUUUCUUGGAGAAGUUUGUGGAUGAAGUGAAUAUGUUAAAAGAUACCGGCUUUGUUUUUAAUGAUCGAGCAUACCCUUUUUCAAUCCGGCAUUACAUUUUAGAUCAGAAGGCGCGGGCAAGUAUUAAAUGUGUGAAGGGUGUAAGAGGGUAUUAUUGCUGUGAAAAGUGUACAGUAAAAGGAAUUGAUUACAUGAAUAGAAUGUGUUUACUUGAUCAAAACUGUCCACUUAGGACUGAUGAGAGUUUUAUUGACAUGGCCACUGCCAAAAUGAUGCCAAAUUUGGAGCAUUACGAUGACUUUGAAUUGGAUGAGCAUGUAAUAGGUGUAUCACCACUACUGUCAUGUGAGGAAAAACUUGUCUCAAAAUUUAGACUUGACAGUAUGCAUUUAGUGUAUAAAGGCGUCUUCUUACGUUGGUUUGAUUUCUUAUGGAAUACCCGAAAAGAUUAUUCUUUGACACCAGAAGAAAAGAGAGAAAUCUCCACCAUAAUAGGUUCUUUCAGAGAGUACUGUCCUUGUGAUUUCAAUCGUAAGCCGUUUCCCAUAACGUCUGAAAAGUUAAAAGCAACUGAAUUGAGAAGAAUGCUACUGUAUGAUGGGGUGGUGGCUUUCAGAAACCUUGACCAAAAUAUUUAUAAAAGUUUUCUUCUCCUCCAUUGUGCCAUAUAUAUAUUGUGUAGUCCAAUCUUCCAUAGAAAUCUGAAUGAAGAAGCCAAUUUCUUUUUACAAACUUUUGUAACUCAUGCAGAACAACUCUUUGGUGCGGAGUUUAUUGUUUAUAAUGUACAUAGUCUUUUGCAUCUUGCUGCUGAAUGCAAUGAUCAUGGCCCUUUAGAUGAAUUUGGUGCUUUUCCCUUUGAAAACUGUCUUGGGAUGAUCAAGUCUCACAUUACAUCAAGAGUCAAGCCUCUCCAGCAAAUUGCAAAGAGAGAAAUGGAAAGAAUUCACAAAACGAAGAGUGCACCAAAACCAAAACCAGCUGUCCUCCAAAUGCCAACGGUUAAUAACCCUAAUGAACAAGUGGCCGGUCAACAGUUCAAGAAAAUUUUACUGUGUGGAACAACUGUGGCUGUAAAGAAGUCUGACUCAUGUUGCAUUACUACUGAUGGGUUUGUGAUUAUUGUUGACAACAUUAUCAACUCUGAGAAUGGACCAAUUUUAUCAGGCAAGAAAUUUUAUCGAAAGACUGACUUGUAUGAAUACCCUGUGCCUUCUUCACUUCUGGGAAUAUUCAAAGUAUCUGACUUACAACUGCGUUCUGUACAUUUCUCUCCAGAGAACAUUAAACAUAAGUGUUACUUAAUGCCGUUAAAUCACAAUGAAUUUGCAGUUGUACCAUUAUCGCACUCAUUUUAAGAGUGUUUUUUAAAACUUUUAUUCAAACAUUCUUGUAAAUUAUUUAGUAGCAGACAGUAAGCUAGGCCUAGGCUAGAAAUUUUUA